CACUCUCCUCCACUCGCGCGUUAGUCAUAUCCUCGUUGCCUCGUCUCCUCCCGCCGCCGCGGUUCAACACUCUCCAGCCAACUUUAACUGAGAGAUAGUGCAACUUUCCAUGUACACACAAUACUGACCGAUGGAUAAGGUGACACGUAAGUACAUCGUAUAUUGCUUGCUUGGAGAAACAGUGCGAAGAGAAGAUGAGCUUUGUCCACGCACUUAAGCAGCCACAAGUGGAGGUUUGGUGAGGCUUAGUUAUGUGUCGGUGUCUCAUUUGAUCAAAAAGUGCGGCUAUAAACGUAAGAUAAUUGGAGAGGACAACAAUCAUCCAAAACCAAAAAACUAAAUGGAAAUAGCGACAAGCUUUCUGUUUCCACCUCCUCCGUCGAUAUUGGUCAAUACUAUGACCGUCGUCGGUUUAGCCGCUCUGCCGGUUAUGGUUCUGUCGGAAGUGAGAGGAAAUAAUCUGAAAUACUCCAAAUUCAAUAACAACAACGCAUCACUAUCAUCAUCAUCAUCGUCAUCACAAAAACAGCGAUUCAGCAGCGUAUCAAGCAGAACCGGAAUGCUUUGUCUAUACACGCCAGCGUUUCUAGCCGCGUCGGCUUCUUUCUUCCUCGCACCUUCUCAAAAUCUCAGGUUCCUUCUCCUCAAAUCAGCACUCUCCCUCCAUUUCUUCAAAAGGAUCUUCGAGGUUCUGUUCAUUCACAAGUACAGUGGAGAGAUGGCCUCAGACGCAGCUUUCACCAUAUCCAGCGGCUAUUUCUCAUCAGCUGCGUUGGUGUUGUACAGCCAAAGCUUCACUCCGGGACUACCCGGGCCGGGUUUGGAUCUGAAAUUCUAUGGAGUUGUUAUGUUUGUGGUGGGGAUUGUUGGGAAUAUGUAUCACCAUGUUCUGCUAGCUAAGCUGAGGAAGGAAGGUGAAGGUGGUGGGAAGAAAGAGUACAAGAUACCAAAAGGUGGUCUGUUUGGUGAAGUCAUAUGUCCUCAUUACAUGUUCGAGAUACUUGUGUUUUGGGGCUUCUUUAUGAUUUCUCAGACCAUUUACUCGAUGUCUUUGGCCAUGUCAACUACUUUCUAUCUUGUGGGUCGGAGUUAUGCUACGAGAAGAUGGUAUCUUUCUAAGUUUGAUGACUUCCCUAAGCAUAUCAAGGCUCUCAUUCCCUUUGUUUUCUAGAGAUUAUUCUACUACCAGAUAUUUGUUUAUUU